GCAAAGGGAGAGAAGAGCGGCUUCACUGGCUGUACUACAGGAAUCCGGAUAUGAUGAAAAUGUUUUAGACGCAACUAUCCGCAGCAAACUACCGCCACUGAACGGCGAAGGCGUCGAGGACUAUUAUUGAUAGUGUUUUUUUUAAAUACAGUCAACCACAUCUGGACAAAGUGAGACUGGGACACACUGGCAACUUAAAAGUUACCGAAAAAAAGUUUUGUUGGACGCUAAGUUCACUCUUUCACCCGGUGACUUGUUCCUCCCCAACGUCUCGGGGAGGAGAGUUGCAGGAAGGAAGGAUGGGAAUAAGUCAGAUUUGAAGCGAGGGAGUUGUCAUGUUUGAAAGCGCUGAGGGCUGAGGAAAGGGAGGAACUUCUUCUGCUCUGUGUGGGCUCCACAAAGACAACUGUCUCAUGUCCAAGGAGACCGUCUUUCCUCCUCCGGAUGGGCCGGCAGGGCCAGGGAAGGGCCCUCAGCGAGAGACACUUCCCCUGCUGCCAACCUCGCAAGAUGCUUGUGACAGUGAAUCAUCAGGAAGAACACCAUCUCCCAGGAGACCAGCCACUGACGGACAAAGUCACGUGACCGAGGAGAAGCCUAAUUAUUGCGAGCCUGUACGAACUCAACCUCAGUCUGAGUCUCAGCCAGCGCCCUCUGAGCCUGCCGAGGGAGACGCUGGCAAGGACCAAAAUGGCUUUCGCCACAACAGCACUGGCACACCCGCGCUGAGUAACGGCAACGGAAUCCACCCUGGCAUUGGCGGGGCCGGUGCCACGCGCGUGUGCUCCUGCGGUGCCAGCAUCAACGCGGGUGCCAUGGGUGGAUCGGGCCCUGGCGCAAGAUCAACCACGACAGAGCAGCCCAGGAAGCAGCCGUCCACGCCUGUGUCGCAGAGGAUGCAGAGGAAAUUGAGGUCCAGCUUGUCGGUCAACAGCGACAGCAGCCGACGCAGCAAAGGCAGUUCCACGGGGUCACAGAAACCUCCAUUACCGGAGGACUGCUGUGUCCACUGCAUCUUGGCCUGCCUGUUCUGUGAGUUCCUGACACUUUGCAACAUGGUGGUGGCGCAGGCCUCGUGCGGCGCAUGCACAUCAGAGGCUUGCUGCUGCUGCUGCUGCACCGACGACCUGGGCGACGACUGCAACUGCCCCUGUGACAUGGACUGUGGCAUCAUGGAUGCCUGCUGCGAAUCCUCAGAUUGCCUGGAAAUCUGUAUGGAGUGCUGCGGCAUCUGCUUCCCCACAUAGGGAGGCCUGCGUGGGUGUAGAGCAGAGUGCCUCUGCGGGGGGGGGUUAACUGGACCCUGGAUGGAAGAAUGGAAGGAAAUUGCUGCUGCUGUCACUUUGAAUUCAGCAACAGACAGAGGGAACAUGUGUGUUUGUUUGUGUGUGUGUGUGAGGGUCGACAUAUGUGUUUGUGGAUUGUGAUGACUGUGUGUGUGUGUGUGUGUGUGUGUGUGUGUGUGUGUGUGAGUGUGAGUAAAGCAUGCUUUGAAAGAUGUAUUUUGACACUGGGCUUCUCCAUCAAAACCAGCUCAGCAGGGGCUAGAAGUAACUCCAGAUAUAUGAACAUGUCAGUUAAAUCUUCAGUGUAUAGUAAGUAUUCUAUCCUUUUGCGUAAGAAGUAUUAUCACAGACUGCCUUAAAGAUUUUAUUGUUACAUCAGGAAUGCUGUCGAAUUGUAUCUUGCAUCUUUUUAGUCAUUUUCAUGACCAUACACUAAACACUUUUGAUGAAAAUGAAAAUCAAAAAAACUUUACAUUCACCAAAUUUUUGAUUUUCAAUACAUGUGCUUUUUUUUUUUUUAUGCUCAAAAACUGAGGUUGCAGUCUUUGUACUGUACAACACUGUAAAAGGUUUAUGUGACACAUUCUUAGUUGCAUACUGUAGUUUUGCAACACAGACUUAUCAUUACACAUAUCUACUGUAGAACAGUUGAAACUGGUGAAAUAUCAAAGGUGAAUCAGGACAUCAAAUCUGCUACUUACUAAAACCAAAGAGUAGAGAAUGUGCUUGUUUUAGGGAUGUUUUUACUUUUAUAUUUUUUAAUCAAAGUGGCCUAUUAUUACAGAAAACCUGCACAAAAUAGCUGAUAAGCUCAUGAUUGUUUGCGAAAUCUUUUGUAAGUGCUGGAAAGUCUAUAAAAACAUGUACCAAAGAAUCUCAUCUCUGAUUGGGCAGCAUUCAAAGACGUGGGUUUUACUGGAAAUACAGUGCAGAUUCACAUUUUUUUUUAAUACUCAGCUCACUGUACAGUUUUCUGCAACGUUAAGAUAAACAAUGUGUACAGCUUAUGUCUUUAUUUCUACGAGAGUCCUCCUCUAAUGUUAACCAUCAACGAUUAGGCUUUGUCAGCUGCAUACGGUACAAGUCUUCUCUGUGAUGCUAUACUACGUACAGUACAUACUGUGUGAGUGUGACUUGUUGAACUGCACUCUGUUCAUGAGGGGCGUGAUAAGGAAUUAAAAAAUGGUGACCCUGGUUGCCAUAUAAGCGGCUUUCGGGUAUCAAGCCCAGUGACUCAAAAUACAAAAAAGGAAUCAUGAACUGUCAUGUUGAAAUGGUAAACUAAUGCAGGGUAAAGGCAGUUUUCUUCUCCUUUUUUCCCCUCUGUUCCUUAAUUCUGUGUAUCUCGAGAUGAGUUUGUGGUGAAUCACCAAUGGAGUCAUUUUCUUGUCUUGGAGAUCCGCUUUGAUGUUGUUUAAGUGAUGAUACUUAAUGCUGGCCCUCAUUAGCACUGCAUGCUAAAUGGUAACAAAAAGUGUCCCUUCCUAACGCCAACAAAGAUAAUGUGCUGUCAUGUACAGCUCAUCUUAAUGGUGCACUGUUAUUGUGUUAAAGGAGGCUGGAUAGGCACCUCUGCAGCAGAUAAUGUGCAGAAAGUAAACCUCAUUUUCAUGUUUAUGAUUAACUCACGCCACAAGUUUGUUACAGGCUAAAGAGUGUCAAGGAAACACUAUAUAGAUAAUGUGAAGAAUUCAUCUAAAAAGAAAGCGUAUAUACAUGUAGCUACAGUAGUUGUCCUCUUAUAUUAUACAGUGGUAUGUCUUUUUUUUUAUUCUGUGCCUUACACUUGAUCCUUAUCAUUUUCAUCUCAAUGCAUCAUUUGUCAAAUUGGAGUUCACAGCUCAUUUUAUUAGUUUUGUACUUUAUCUUCAAUCUCAAAGAGAACCGUUUUUAAAAAAUAAAACAUUACCAAAGAAAUGUA